AUGUCUGCUUCCAACAACGUCCUCAAGGUCCGCAAGCUCUCUGAGACCGCUGUCCUUCCCGUCCGUGGCUCACCGCUUGCUGCUGGAUAUGACCUCGCUUCAGCACAUGAUCUGGUCGUCCCGGCUCAUGGCAAGGCGCUGGCCAAGACGGAUCUGGCCAUUGCGGUGCCUGAUGGGACGUACGGUCGAAUUGCGCCGCGCUCGGGUCUGGCGUGGAAGCACUUUAUCGAUGUGGGCGCUGGUGUCAUCGAUGCUGACUACCGUGGGAACGUGGGCGUGGUGCUGUACAACCACUCGGACGUCGAUUUUAACAUUGCCGUCGGUGAUCGUGUCGCCCAGCUGGUGCUAGAGAAGAUCGCGACACCCGACGUCGUCGCUGUCGACGAUCUCGAUGCCACUGACCGUGGCGCCGGUGGCUUUGGCUCCACCGGCGUCAGCGCCGAGGCCGAGGCCGACAAGUAG